AUGGGGGACUUGGAUGUUCUCAAGUAUUUGAUGGAAAGUGUGGUAGGGCAGGUUAUUCCCUCCCAGCAUGAAGGCAUGUCGCCGGUUCACGGAGCCGUGAUUCACAAAAACAUAGAUAUGCUGAAAGAGAUGUCAGAGCAGAAUGAAGAUCUGUUUAAUUUAAAAGAUGCUGGAGGUGGUACUCCCCUUCAUCUGGCAGCAUUAAUGGAUUACCGUGAGGGAGUCAAUUUCUUGGUCGACAAGUUUGCUUGGAGCGCCUUUGAGUUUGACAAUGAGGGCUAUCUUCCGAUCCAUGUUGCAUGUAAGAUGGGUCAUUACAAAACAAUGAGAAAGCUACUUCAACAUUGGCCAAAUCCGGAAGAGUUGCUAGAUCGCAAGGAAGGGCAAAAUAUACUUCACAUUGCGGCGAAGUAUGGAAAGGUUGACGUAGUGGGGUACAUACUCAUAAAGCCCGAGCUUGAGAAGCUUAUAAAUGCAAAAGACAGAGAAGGAAAUACGCCUCUACAUGUGGCCACAUUGGAGUUGCAAUACAUGGUUCUUUCGUGUCUUGUUCUUCGCGAUAAAGUUGAUCUUAAGCUCAUAAACGACAACAACUUGACGGCUCUAGAUAUUGCGCAUGAGCUACCAAAAACACAUGGUCGACUACGUGAGAAUUUACUAUCCGUUAUCUUAGUAACUGCUGGAGCACCCAAAAGCGUUUACGAAGCAAUUUCCCAGCCAAAAGGCUUAGACACGGGGAGAGCUUUGGAGCCUGAGCAAUGGGAAAGACUGAAGAGCAUGGCCGAAACCCGUAUGCUCGUGGCGACACUCAUUGCUGCUGCGACAUUUGCUGCUGGGUUUUCCGUUCCUGGAGGAUAUAAUGGCUCUGGAUCAGAUGCAGGAUAUGCUACACUGUUGAAUAAACCCAUGUACGACGUCUUCGUGAUCUGCAACACCAUCAGCUUGUACAGCUCAUUAAUUGCCGUAGCAAUCCUUCAUUGGGCGGGGGGUGACACCAUUCAUGCCCUUAAAUUUUCAAGGCCACCAGUGGUCACAGCUCUUGGCACAAUGACUGUGGCCUUCAUGGCGGGUGUCUAUGUGACCGUAAGCAAACGUACUUGGAUGGCCAUUGUUGCCUUGAUCGCUGGAAGCACUGCCCUCUUCGUUAUCUUGGGUCUUCACAUUGUCCUUACCCCUGAGUUUGUUUUCAAUCUCUUGAGAGUUGGCAUAUUUAUUGUUAGAAGGUUGAUCCGUAAAUUGCCCAAACCACGCCUUAGGCAGCAAGCCGCGACUGCCUGA